ACCGUUAGAUGAACCAUGCUUCGGAAAAAAAACACUACCUCCUCUCAUUUUUCUCUCAUGGGUGUAUGGGUCCUAAUCAAUACUCUUCCGUACAAUACUCUUCCGUAGAAACACUAAUUAACAGCCGUGGCAUAAUUUCUAAACUAGAUAUUUCCAGCCGCCCACUUAAACUCCUUUUCGCUAGGGGGCGGUAGUUGAAAGCCGGGAGGACGAUGGCUACCUGAGUAAUCGAGGAAACUGAAGAGACUUCUAUCCGUAGCUAACGGUAGCUAGCCGGCUAAUCUCCCGGACAAACGCAGACGUGGUUAUUUUGUUGUCCGUUUUAGUGUCCGUGUCUUUUUGGAGUGCUUUGUAGGCCUGUGAUUUUGAAACACGCCACCAGUGGCAAACGCGAGACAGACGCCAAGUGGACAAGUAUAAAUGCGCUGGAUGUUCGGCCGCUGUUGCCUUCCCCCAGGAUGCUAGCACCUGAGCGAGACAGCUAGUUAGCAAACCUGCUAAAGUAGCCAAAGAGUAGCUCUGCCCGGAUGCUGUGAGCAGCAACGCAGCGGAUUUUGUGGGAGUUUCUGGCCGGCCUAGCGUUAUGUCAAACAACCGGCCGCAGCAACUCGCUGGCGGGGCGAGUUCAGUGCCCAGCACGAGUAGCAACAGCACGGGGAGCACGAACGGCGGCGGUGGGAGCAACGCCGUCACAAGUAAUGGUAGCAAUUCUGGAAAUGGUGUGCCCUCCCGGACCGGGGCAGCAGCAGGCGACGGCGGCGCGUCUGUUCCAACUUUGGCCCCCGUGCCGUCGCCCCGGGGCGGGUUAGCUUCCCUGAGCCGACCCGCUGCGUCUUCGGGCACCAGAAAGAGAUCCCUACACCAAGCCCCAUUAUGCAACGGCCUCUUGAAUUCAUACGAAGAUAAGAGCAAUGAUUUUGUCUGUCCCAUCUGUUUCGAAAUGAUAGAGGAGGCACACAUGACGAAGUGUGGCCACAGUUUCUGUUUCAAGUGUAUCCGCCAGAGCUUGGAAGACAGCAACAGAUGUCCCAAGUGCAACUACAUUGUCGAUAAUGUGGACCAACUUUUCCCAAACUUUCUUGUGAAUGAACUCAUCCUUAAACAGAAACAACGGUCGGAGGAAAAGAGACUAAAAUUAGAUCAUCCUAAUGGGUCUAGGUGGCAAGUCUUCCAGGAUGUUUUGAGUCCUGAUCAAGAGAACUUGGACCUGGCAAAUGUCAAUCUGAUGCUGGAACUCCUGGUCCAGAAGAAAAAGCAGCUGGAGGCGGAAUCCCAAGCAGCUCAGAGACAGAUCCUCAUGGAGUUUCUUAAAGAAGCCAGGAGAAACAAGAGAGAGCAACUAGAGCAGCUACAGAAAGAGCUCAACUUUCUUGAAGAAGACAUUAAGCGCGUCGAGGAAAUGAGUGGCCUGUACUCUCCAAUGAUGGAGCCAGAGUGUACAGUGCCUAAUGUUGAGGCUCCAUCUCCGGCACCCAGCUGUAGUAGUAUUAUGGAGACUUCAGACUACAGCCAGCCUCCAGGAUUUGGUGGCGCGACCCAGGUAAAGCGUCAGACCUGGUACAACAGCACGCUGGCAUCAAGAAGGAAGAGGCUGACGGCUCAUUUUGAGGAUCUGGAGCAGUGCUACUUCUCCAACAAAAUGUCACGCAUCACAGAUGAGGGCAGAAACUUGAACCAGCUGGAUGAUUUCAUGGAGUGUUUGUCAAAGUUCACUCGUUACAACUCUGUGCGGCCGCUGGCCACCCUCUCUUACGCCAGUGAUCUCUAUAACGGCUCCAGUAUCGUCUCCAGUAUUGAGUUCGACCGUGACUGUGACUACUUUGCCAUUGCUGGCGUCACAAAGAAAAUCAAGGUGUUUGAGUACGGCACUGUGAUCCAGGAUGCAGUGGACAUCCACUACCCUGUCAAUGAAAUGACCUGCAACUCCAAAAUCAGCUGUAUCAGCUGGAGCAGUUAUCACAAGAACCUUCUGGCCAGCAGCGACUAUGAGGGUACUGUCAUUCUGUGGGAUGGAUUUACUGGCCAGAGGUCUAAAGUCUACCAGGAGCAUGAAAAGAGGUGUUGGAGCGUUGACUUCAAUCUGAUGGACCCCAAGCUCUUAGCCUCUGGUUCUGAUGAUGCUAAAGUGAAGUUGUGGUCAACUAAUCUUGACAACUCAGUGGCCAGCAUCGAAGCAAAAGCCAAUGUCUGCUGUGUUAAGUUCAGCCCGACCUCCAGAUAUCAUCUGGCCUUCGGUUGUGCAGACCAUUGUGUUCACUACUACGAUCUACGCAACACUAAGCAGCCAAUCAUGGUGUUCAAAGGCCACAGGAAAGCCGUGUCCUACGCCAAGUUUGUCAACGGAGAAGAGAUUGUUUCUGCUUCUACAGACAGUCAGCUGAAGCUGUGGAACGUCAACAAGCCUCACUGCCUGCGCUCCUUCAAGGGUCACAUCAACGAGAAGAACUUUGUGGGCCUGGCAUCCAAUGGAGACUACGUUGCCUGUGGCAGUGAGAACAACUCCCUGUAUCUGUACUACAAAGGACUUUCCAAGACACUGUUAACAUUCAAGUUUGACACAGUGAAGAGUGUCCUGGACAAAGACAAGAAGGAGGAUGACACCAACGAGUUUGUCAGUGCUGUCUGCUGGAGAGCUCUGCCUGAUGGAGAGUCAAACGUACUCAUUGCUGCAAACAGUCAAGGAACAAUCAAGGUACUUGAGCUCGUCUGAAGACGAGGCGUAUCUUCAGCGGACAUUAGAUCUACCGUCAGCCUCUCUUUGUUUGGUGGUUGGAUCAGUCUGAUGCUGGGAGAUGCCAGUAUGUCGGCUGAGCACCGGGAGAGAUGAAAUAAUCAAAAUGUUAUUUUCAAGAGCUCCAAGUUUUCGGACAGCGGCGAAGACUCUGGACCAGUACAUCAGCAUAGCAGGAGGAAAUGAGCUGCCAUGUCAUGGCAACAAAUCAAGGACCUGACUUGGGCACAAAACGGAACAAGAGACUUACGAAAAGCAGUUUGUUUCUUGUCAGUAAAGUUAUAUCAGCUACAAUAGAACACCUCUUUAAGGUUUUAGGUCAAAUCAAAACUUGUACCAUUUUCUUUUUCCUUUUUUUUUUUUUUUAAUAAGCUGUUGCUUUCAGUGGUACAUCCAGCCAAACGCUACAACUUUCUCUUUUAAAGGCCAAAGCACAAGAAGAAAUGAAACGGUGUCUUUACAUGAAGCUUUUAAUACCCCCUAUUGUUUGUCAGCCUCCUUUUUUUCCCCCCUUCUGUGUCGUUUUUGUGUUUUUCAAAUUGGGAGCAACCAGUUUUAAUAAAUAUGACUUGAAUUUCAUUCUGUCCAGCGUAUCAGUCCUUGUCUGGCUUAAGAGUGCAGAAUGUGAGGUUGUGUACACAGGUCAAGGAGGACCAAUGAAUUAUGGAAAAUCUCUCUGUGCUGUUUCUUCAGAACAAUAUGCGACUCAACAUUUUUGUCUGUGAUCACAUCAAUUGUCAUGUAAGUUAAGGCGUUGAUCUACAGUGCCUCCUGGAACUGGAAUAUAUAUUUUUUGUCAGUGUAUGUGCGCUAUUUGUUGCUUGUUGGAAAAUGACUACCCCUGCAAGAUCAGUUUUAGUUCUUUUAAAGUAGCAACCGAUUUACUCCAAGUGAUGUAGGCUGAGUACGUACCACCUGAAUUGAGCUGCAUUGUAACACAAGACAAACUGCUGUCAGUUUCUGUGAUGACACAUCAAGAGGAUUUGGGGAAACGCCACCAAGACCUGCCUAUUUUAUGAUAAAGAUAUGAGUGAGAGAGGUGUUUUGUAUUUGUAUAACUGAAUAAAUUAUUUCGAGACA